AUGCGAAAAUUCUACGACUAUUACAGAAUGGACUACGAAAAAUUUGAAAAGUUAGCUGAUUUGCUAAAAUCGCGUAUAAAGAAAACUAAAACUUAUUUUCGAUCGCCUAUACCUGUUGCAGAAAGAUUGUCUGUAUGUUUAAGGUAUUUAAUUACAGGAGUUUCUUUUAAGUCUUUAGCUUUUAGUUAUCGUAUGGGAUUUAGCACUGUACGCAGUAUAGUCCACGAAACCUGUCAAGCAAUAUUUACUGUACUAAGAUCUACUACUUUGCCGAAAUCCACGAGCCAACAAUGGCAGUCAAUAGCAACUGACUUCGAGAAAAUUUGGAAUUUUCCUAACUGCAUUGGAGCCAUGGAUGGAAAGCAUUUCAAGAUUCGGGCUCCCAAUAACAGUGGAAGUUUGUAUAACAACUACAAGAAGUUCUUUAGCGUCGUUUUAUUAGCUGUCGUGGAUGCAAAAUACAAAUUUGUGAUUGUAGAUGUUGGAGCGUAUGGUCGAAAUAGCGAUGGUGGUAUAUUGCAAAGCUCUAAAUUUGGAACAAAAUUACGUAAUGGUUCUUUAUGCAUACCACCGGUAAAAACUUUACCACAUACAAUCCAAAAGCUACCCCACGUAUUUGUGGCUGAUGAAGCCUUCCCACUAACAGAAAAUAUUAUGAGACCAUAUCCCUCACAUCUUUUAAACGAUGAAAAAAAAAAGAAUAUUCAACUAUCGCUUAAGUAG